ACCUCACUAACUGAGAGGAGCAGGAGAAAGAGGACGAGCAGUGAGGAAGAAAGGAAAGAAGAAGAGGAUGAAAAAAGAAGAUAGAACACAGCAAUAGAAAUAGAAAUAUCUGGAGAAAAAGAAGAGGGCACACUUUCCACCUGAAGAGGCACUUACUGAGAUUUAAAGAAAAGCUGCGAAUCAGCCUGGAGGAGGGAGGCAGGACCACUGCUCCAGAGAUUAAAACAAAGUUUAGGAAAAGCCUCCAUUUUCCCAUGAUUCCUUUUGGUUCUCUUGGUAUGCUGUCACUGUAUGUGGGCACCCUGCUGUCUUUAGAUGCAUCCCCAGCCUGCACACACCCUCCUUGCAGGGACAGUCUGGUGGCUGCACCCAUGCCACCCGGGAUGGGGGCAGGAGCGGGCAGUGGGGCCUGUGAGGGUCAGACUGGGACAGCGGCCUGUCGGAUGGGGAUUUCACUUCCAGCCAUCUCAGACGCUCCGCGGCGGGUGGAGCACAGGCAUGAGUCCCCCCAGGUUCAGCCUAAGACUGGAGGUGUCAAAGAGCGUCUCGUUCAGCUGCAGCGCUGCAUGCACUCUCUCCAGGAAACGGGAGGGGCCUGGAGUCAAGGGGGCCAGGAGAGCAACUCUCUGGGAGCCAUCCUGGCUCUAAUGGCAGCUGUGCUGACAGAGUGUGACCUCCACUGUCACAGCCAGGCCCUUGGGGCAAUGGCCAAACGACUAGAAAGUGCAGCAGUGGGGAGAGAGGGGGAGAAAGACCUGCUGCUAUUCCUGAAGAGCAUCACACAACACCCACUGACAGUCGCCCCUUUGGAGAGGUUACAUCCUCAGGACUGUGCAGAGAUUUACAGGCUCGGCAUCAAAGACAGUGGAAUCUACACCAUCCAGCCUGACCUGCAUAGGCCGGCACUGGAGGCUAAAUGUGACAUGGAGACGGCGGGCGGUGGUUGGACGGUUGUCCAGAAUCGGCAGGACGGUUCCCUGAACUUCAACAGGACAUGGCAGGAAUACCGGGAGGGCUUUGGGAGUCCGCAGGGAGACCACUGGCUGGGGAACGCAGCACUGACCGCCCUCACCUCUGUCGGCCAACACCAGCUCCGGAUUGAGCUGGAGGACUGGCACCAACAGAGACGCCAUGCUACCUACAACAAUUUCAAAGUGGCCUCAGAGGCACAGAGGUAUCGUCUGACAGCUCGUGAAUACUCUGGAGAUGCAGGCAACGCCUUGAGCUACAGCAAACGCUACAACCACGACGGCAGAUCCUUCAGCACUGCUGACCGGGAUCAUGACCGCUACGCAGCAGGAAACUGUGGUCAGUACUACGGCACAGGCUGGUGGUUCGAUGCCUGCCUGGCGGCCAACCUGAAUGGACGGUACUACAUUGGGCGCUACAGUGGUGUGACCAACGGUAUCUACUGGGGGACGUGGUACAUCCUGACAGACGGACAGACUGGAGAACGCUAUUCCUUCAAGAGGGUGGAGAUGAAAACGAGACCUAAGAACUUUGUGGGGACGUCCUAAAUCUAAUAUGACUCAACUGAAAAUAAGUGGCACAACUGACUGUAAUGAUCAUGUCAGUCACAGAUGUGAGAUAUAGAGUUACAGAGUUAUCACUGUGUUUAGAACAGCUCCCGUGUAGCUUGUGAAGUACAUGCAGACGGCAGCUAAUAGAUUCAAGAAAAAUAUACUAAAGAUACUGUUUAAAUAAUAUUUCAUAUUCACUAGCAGACUGUUUGAGGCUAAACUCCACAUUACAUUAUACUACUGUUAAUUAUGGGGCUACUCCAUAGACCGUACAUAAAGGACAUUAUGACAUCCCCAAAGUGAAGCCAAAGUGUCUCAAUCGCCACCUGGUGGUUGGCUGCAGUACAGGUUAUAAACCCCGACAGACAUCGACCAAACUAAAAAGACAAAUAAAUUCUUCUCAAAGAUGGUUUCUGUCACUUUAGGUAG